AUGUCAACAUUGAACUUGGAUCAUUGCAUUGAGAAACUGCAUAAAUGCGAGAUACUCUCAGAGAGCACAGUCAAAGAGAUCACUGAUCGCAUGAAAGAGUUGUUGAUCAAUGAGACCAACGUACAAUCAAUCAAGGCUCCAGUAACAGUAGUUGGUGAUGUACAUGGCCAAUUCUACGAUGUAUUAGAGAUAUUCAAGAUUGGAGGCAAGUGCCCAGAUACAAACUACUUGUUCCUUGGAGAUUAUGUUGACAGAGGAUAUCAUAGUGUGGAGACAAUCACUUUGUUGUCAUGUUUGAAGUUGCGUUACCCAUCGAGGGUUACGCUGCUCAGAGGUAAUCACGAGUCGCGACAGAUCACACAGGUCUAUGGAUUCUACGGCGAGUGCAUGAGGAAGUACGGCAAUGCCAACGUUUGGAAGUACUUCACCGACAUGUUUGACUAUCUGCCCGUGGCAGCCAUCAUCGAAGAGACCAUAUACUGUGUGCACGGAGGUCUCUCGCCUUCAGCACCAUCCAUCGAUCAGAUCCGAGUCCUGGAUCGUUUCCAAGAGGUACCACACGAGGGUCCCCUUGCUGACAUCAUGUGGUCAGACCCCGACCCUGAUCGUGAUGGCUUUGUCGAGUCACAAAGAGGUGCCGGUUACACGUUUGGUCAAGAUACAGUGGCCAAGUUCUUACAGAUUAACAAGAUACAUCAUAUAUUGCGAGCACAUCAACUGUGCAUGGAUGGAUAUCAGGUGCUAUUUAAGAGGACGUUGUCUACUAUUUGGAGUGCGCCCAACUACUCGUAUCGCUGUGGCAACAUGGCAUCGAUAUUAGAGAUCAACGAAUCAUUUGAGCAGUACUUCAACACCUAUUCAGCAGCUCCAGAGAGUCUACAUAACAAGCCCUCACAAGACACAACCAAGGAGCUGCCAGACUACUUCUUGUAA